AUGAUAAAAAAUUAAGGGGCAGUGCCAGAAGGCAUUGAAUACAAAUUUAACAAUAAGAUCAAAUUAUUAUAGAGUUAACAAACAGACCCCUUUAUUAUCGUCAAUGGAAAUGUGUAAAAUAUAGAUUACAACGAUGAUAUCCAGAGAGAAAAGGCUUUCUUUGAAUUUGCAUUAAACAAUUUAAAUAAAUUUAAAAAUGGCAAUUAAAAUAUCCAAUUCACCAGAAUUGAUUAGGAAUUUUUAUUUCAGAAAAUAGGCGAAGUUAUAGUUAAUCCUAUAGUUAAAUCGGCAGUUCACAUUAAAAAUGUGGAAGAGAAGGAAUUGAACUAAUAAGGCAAGAAAAUUUAAACUCUCCUUACAGCAAAGAAAUCAAAUUAGCAAAAACAUGAAAAAAUAAUUGAAGAAAUUCGAAAGGCCAUGAAAAAAAAACCAGUCGAUGAAAUAGAUAAAGAUGAGAUAUAGGAGAUUGAGUAAAAAUCAAAACCAAUAAAUAAUUUAAAAAAAGGAAUCAAGAAGAAGAAAACAAAAAGAUUGGGAAAACUAGCAAGAUUGCACAAAAGACUAAAGUAAAAUAGUAGAAAAUAAAAAUGA